AGGAGCUGUGUGGAGCUGCUGGGAGGCAUAGUGAGAUGCCUACAAGUGGGUGAGAGCCGUCCUGCCUUGGAAUAUAUACGUCCUGCUAGGAUGGGCACCCUGUGGACAUUUUUCGCUCUGUCUUCUCUGACAAUUUGCAACGCUUCGCAAUACAAAAAUGUCCAAGAACCUUGCCUUAAUGGAGGAUCGUUCAUAACGCUACAGAAUGGAACUCAAUACUGCAGGUGUCCUGAUGGGUUAUUGGGUGACCACUGUCAGAUUGCUGGGCCACCUUGUUCCCUAUUUAUCUGCCAGAAUGGAGGUACUUGCUCACGUCUGUCUGCCGCAGAGUAUCGCUGCACGUGUGGGCCUGGAUGGACAGGAAAGACCUGCAGUGACUUAGACCAUUGUACGACCAAUCGCUGCAUGAACAAUGGAAAGUGUGUCAACAAGCCACCGGGGUUUGAGUGCCAGUGCCAGCUUGGUUUUGAUGGGGAGGCUUGCGAGAAGGAUGUUGAUGAAUGCCAAGAAGCUGGUACCUGCAGAAAUGGUGGGAAAUGCGUGAACUAUAUAGGGACCUUCAGAUGUGAGUGCCCAGCCAUGUAUGAUGGCAUCAAUUGUGAAAUGAGACGCGGAAAGUGCUCCUCACACAGCUGCUUUAAUUCUGGAACGUGCCAUCAAACAGACCCUAACUUGUACCAGUGCGCAUGCCCUCCAGGGUAUACGGGUUCUCAAUGUGAGGAGAACAUUGAUGAUUGUAUCAACCACAAAUGUCAGAAUGGAGGCACCUGCGUGGAUGGACUUGAAAAAUAUACUUGUAAAUGCCCACCUGGAUGGGAAGGAGCCUUGUGUUCCCGAGACGUUGAUGAGUGCCAGUCUCCAGGCAUGUGUAAAAAUGGAGGAACCUGCCAGAACAUCCCUGGUCAGUACAAAUGUGUGUGCGUCAAUGGCUGGGAUGGCGAUAACUGUGAACACAACAUAGAUGACUGUGCCACGGCCACAUGUGCAGAAGGGUCUACAUGCUUUGACCAGGUGGGGACAUAUACCUGCCUGUGCCCACCAGGAAGGAUUGGUCUUUUAUGCCACAUGGAGGAUGGUUGCCUAAAGAAUCAAUGUCAUCCAAAUGCCACAUGUGACACUCACCCCUCGUCUCACAGGGUAUUCUGUCGCUGCCAGGCAGGUUACACUGGACCCACAUGUUAUGAGGACCUGAAUGAAUGUCAGCUAGGCCCAUCUCCCUGUGAACAUGGUGGAGAAUGUGUUAACACUGAUGGCUCCUUCUUGUGCCGUUGUCCACUCGGGUACACCGGUGCCCGCUGUGAAUCAAAAAGGGAUGAGUGCCAGCCAAAUCCCUGCUACAAUGAAGGCACCUGCAUUGACCUCCUAGGACAUUUUGCCUGUGAAUGUUCACCAGGGUAUAUGGGAAAUGUUUGCGAAGUAGAGAGAGAUGAAUGUUCAAGUUCUCCUUGUCAAAAUGGCGGAAACUGCACGGAUAUGCUUAAUGACGUCCUCUGUUCGUGUCCUACAGGUUUCGAGGGCAGAUAUUGUGAGUCAGAUGUGAAGGAAUGCUCCAGCUCUCCUUGUCACUUUGGUCUCUGUGUAGACCACCCAGGUUUCUUUACAUGUGAAUGUUAUGAAGGAUACACCGGACUAUGGUGUGAACAGGACAUUGAUGAGUGCCUAAGCCAGCCAUGCCACAAUGGUGCCAAGUGCCUGGACCGCCAAAAUGGUUAUGAAUGUUUAUGUGAGCCGGGGAUGACAGGUCCCACCUGUGAUGCAAAUAUUAAUGAAUGUGCUAGUAACCCAUGCGUACGAGGACACUGCAUCGACCUUGUGAAUGAUUUCCAAUGUCAGUGUGAUCCGGGUUUCUCAGGACCCCUGUGUGAUGUCGACAUUGAUGAAUGUACUAACAAUCCUUGCCAAAAUGAAGGAACUUGCAAAAAUGUAGAUGGUGGCUUCCUGUGUACCUGCCCACCGGGGACAGUCCUUCCUCUCUGCACCCUUCAGAAUAUAAGCUGUAGCAAUGAUACUUGUGACCAUGGGAACUGUCAGGACAAUAGCUCUCAGUGUGACUGUGACGAUGGGUGGACAGGACCCACCUGUGAUUCCCCCAUCGAUGAGUGUGCAACCAAUAAGUGUGAGAACGGGGGAACCUGUCAACCACACCAAGAUGGAUUUAACUGUAGCUGUGCCACUGGAUAUACAGGGAUAUACUGUGAGACGGCCAUAUCACUUUGUAAUCCAGACAGCUGUCAACAUGGAGGAAUCUGCUACGAGCACCCCAACCUUACUGUGCAUUCCUGCCUCUGUCCUACAGGGUGGGGGGGAUCAUUUUGUGAAGUCGAUGUAGAUGAAUGUGUGGAAAAUCCCUGUAAGAAUGCAGAAAAUUGUGUGAAUAGUCCUGGGAAUUACAGUUGUGUCUGUUCCCCGGGCUACACAGGACUACAGUGUGAGACAAAACUUGACCACUGUGUAACAGACAGUUGCCAGAAUGGAGGAACAUGCACAAGUCUGAUUGAUUCCUUCAUAUGCAUUUGUCCACCUGGAUACAUGGGCAACCUAUGUGAAGAGACUGUGGACAGCUGUAGAAGUCUACCCUGCCAGAAUGGAGGGACCUGCAAAAAACUGACCAACUCUUACAAAUGUGAUUGUGCUAGAGGCUACGAGGGAAUGAACUGUGAGGUCAAUACUCAGGACUGCACCAAUAGUUCAUGUCUUCAUGGAGGUACCUGUGUGGAUGGCAUUGCCUCCUUCACCUGUCUGUGCCCAGAUAAAUUCACGGGUAGCCAGUGUCAGGAUCAAGUGACAUUUUGUAAACCAGAAGCAUGUAAGAAUGGGGGCACCUGCCAUGAUGUUCCAGGAGGCUACAUCUGCUCCUGUCCUGAGAUGUACACAGGGGACAACUGUGAGGACACAGUAGAUUUCUGUGCUCGUAAACCAUGCCAAAAUGGCGGCUCCUGCUCUCAGAAAGGAACCAACUACCGUUGCUUUUGUGGUCUCGGAUGGGGUGGAAGUCACUGUGAGACCUCUCUUCUUACCUGCAAGGCCACAGCUUCCAAAGGAAUGAACCCAGACUCAUUAUGUAAUGGACAUGGACACUGUGUGGAUUCUGGUGCAUCGUAUUUUUGUGUUUGUUUUCCUGGUUAUUCUGGCGCUCUUUGCCAAGAGAAGAUUGAUCCAUGCCAGCCAAACCCUUGUAAAAAUGGUGGCCUUUGCUGGGAAAUGUCUGGGUCACCUUCCUGCCAGUGCUCUCUUGGAUACUUAGGAAAAACCUGCACAGAGAGAGACCCAUGCCAACCACAGCCAUGUCAACACAAUGGAGUGUGUGUGCCCCAAGGUAGCAGCUAUCACUGUGUAUGUCCUUUAGGAACCCAAGGAGUCCGCUGUGAAGUCAACAUUGAUGACUGUGCCACCACCGAACCCCAGUGUUUUCAUGGGGGCACUUGCCUGGAUAAGGUUGGUGGUUUCACUUGCAUAUGUCCUCAAGGCUAUGUAGGAGACCGCUGUGAAGGAGAUGUCAAUGAGUGUCUCUUCAACCCAUGUGACCCUCGAGGGACUCUGACCUGCGUCGAAGUGGUCAAUGGCUACCACUGCCAAUGCCAUCAAAAUUAUACAGGUCAGAGGUGUGAAAAUCUAAUCAAUGUCUGUGACAGUAACCCAUGUGAGAAUGGCGGAGUUUGUGCAGUGGCCGUAAACACUCAUCUUGGAUUCACAUGCUCUUGUCGAAAGGGAUAUUUGGGGCCCACCUGCAGCACCAACAUGUGCACUUCAUUCGCUUGCUAUUUUGGUGGAUCUUGUGUCCUGGGAAUGGAUGGGAAACCACAAUGUAAUUGUUCCCAUGGUUUUACUGGACCCCAAUGCCAACAGUAUGUUGGACCGCCAACCUCCUCACCUUCCCAGGGUCCUUGGAAACAAUGUCCACAUGUAGAUUGUCGUAGAACAUUCCGAAAUGGAAUCUGUGACAAACAGUGCAACAAUAAGGAGUGCCUAUAUGAUGGCUUCGACUGUAACACUACAGGAACCUGCAAUCUUCUCUAUGACAAGUACUGCCUUGAUCAUUUCGCCAAUGGUCACUGUGAGAAAGGAUGCGAUAAUGCGGAGUGUGGCUGGGAUGGAGGUGACUGCUCAGGACACGAGAAACCUGGAGGAAUUGUGAUCUUGCUGCUGAGUUACAAUGCCUCUGUACUCCACCGCCAUGAUGUCAUUAAACUAGUGCGCUUUCUGUCCAUGCACCUUCAUGCAAGGUUACGUCUAGCAAAAGACAAUGAUGGAGAUAAGUUGUUCAGGUUUUCCAAAGAGAAUGAUCCUCAAGAUUUGGCUUCAGAGAAGUUGGAAAGGUGGAAGUAUGAAAUAGCUACAAAUGGAAGGGAGGAUCAUGGUGGAAAAGAGACUAUUGGGUGUGUCCUGCACAUCGAGAUACUUGGCUCUAGCUGUCCAUUCUCUUCAUGUAUUGACACCUCUGAAGAGGCAGCACAUUUCUUGGAAGCUCUGAAUGAGACAGAGCAGCAAUAUAAUUUUCUGGAAGUGCGUCAUAUUAAUUCAAAUACACCCUCUCCCCCUAGUCCUCAAAUCCCAGUUUAUCAGGCACCCUGGUUUUUGCCAGUAAGUGUUGUCUUUGGAAUGGCUGUUGUAGCUGUGGUAAUCAUUGGGGUGAAAGUCAGCAGAAAGCGUCAGCAUGGAACCCUAUGGCUACCGUCUGGCUUCAACCGCCAUCGAGCGCAAGAGGGGAAUAGGAGGCGAGAACCCGUUGGAGAAGAUUCUGUUCGUCUUAAACCACUAAAACAUGACUCUGGUUAUGAUGAUUCAGGCCCAGAAGAAGGAAUUGUUCCACCUAAAUCUAGAAGACUAAAGCUUAAUACAGACCCGACCAUUCUUGAUCAUCGACAGUGGAGUCAGCAACAUAUUGAUGCUGGAGUUCGUUUCCCUCAGUGCAUUGCUUUAACUCCACCCCAGGAGGACCCUGAUAGCAGAGACAUUGACGUGAGAGGUCCAGAUGGAGUGACUCCACUUAUGUCAGCCAUCUGUGCGGGAGGAGGUCUAGAACCUGUUGGAGGUGGUGUGGAUCCACCAGAAGUUGAAAGCUCAGCAAGUGUAAUUGCAGAUCUGAUUGGCCAGGGAGCCAGUCUUAAUGCACAAAUUGAUUCUACUGGAGAGACAGCUCUUCAUCUAGCUGCUCGUUUUUCCAGACAAGAUGCCAUUAAGUGUAUGUUGGAUGCAGGAGCUGAUACUAAUGUCCAGGACAAGCUGGGAAGGACACCAAUUCAUACAGCUAUUGCUGCUGAUGCUCUGGGGGUUUUCCAGACCCUCUUGAGAUGCCGUCAGACAGAUAUUGAUGCUCGAAUGCAUGAUGGUUGCACUCCUCUAAUAUUGGCCUCUCGCCUCCCUGUGCAAAAUAUGGUGGAAGAACUUGUUGCAUGUGGUGCAGAUAUAGGAGCAACUGAUAACAGAGGUAAAUCUGCCCUGCACUGGGCUGCUGCAGUCAAUAAUGUCCCUGCAAUGAAGACGCUUUUGACGAAUGGCGCAAACAAAGACCUUCAAGACAAAAGGGAUCAAACAGCCCUAUUCCUUGCUGCACGUGAAGGAAGUUAUGAAGCUGUUCGACUGCUCCUUGAACACCAGGCAGAUCGUGACCUAUCGGAUCAUGUAGGUCAUCAGCCUCGACAUGCAGCUAGAGAUCGUGGCCAUAGGGAUAUCUUACGACUUCUUGAGGAAAGCAGCCAAUUUCUGAAUAGGGGCACACCUGCUGUCCCAAACACUGGAGCUCCUCAGCUAAAAAAGACCCCCCGACCUCGAGCCAAGGAACUUGUCAAACCUCCUCCUUUGCCUCACAUAGACCUCAGUAGUUCUUGUUAUCACAGUGCUCCACCUGGUUCUGCUCCACCUUAUUUGCAAGGAACGCAAUCUGAAACCAGCUGCUGCCAAUCACAUCUUGCAAUGGCAAACUAUGGAGGAAAUUGUCCACCCUAUCCCCGAAGUGGCUCCUUUUCAUCUGGGGUUACUCAGUGUCAGUGGGGAGGUCAUAGAGGCUGGAAGGUUCAUUUUUGUCCGACAGGUUGUACAGUGCCAGAAGCUUCAUAUUCAGGUGGAGGACAGCAGAUAUCUCCUCAUGCCCACUGGCUACCAGAAGCUCACUAUCCCAAAUCACCAAACUGCCAAAACAAUUUGUCCAACUAUUGUUCUACUCCAGCUAUGGAGCAUCCACCUAAAAAAGACGUAUCUAGUCCUCAUACCGACCAGAUUGGGCAUAAUGUAUACUUGACCCCUCCAUCAUCACAGUAUGGUUACCCUUCUCCUGCCAGCCCAGAGGAAACACAGUCUACACAAAAGACGUGUAUGCAUCACCAUCCUUUCCUUACUCCCUCACCCGAGUCCAGAAACCCCUGGGGUAUUGCAUCACCAUAACUUCAUUAAAUGUCUUUAAUCAUUGAUCUGGUAUUCAGGUCAAUAGAAGAAGGGAUAAUCCCACAAGCACUUGAUGGAUAAAGGGCAUCUUUAUACGCUCAUUGCCAUUGUGCCAAAACAUCUAAUUUCUUGUUAAGAACUAAUUUUUUUUUAGAGAUUACGUAAAAAUUUGAGCCAAGACUUGUCUUUUUAGAUGAAUGGGAUCAAAACAAGUGUUUCACGACUUUAAUCAAGGGUGAACAUACCACAGACCAUGUGGCUGCUAUGGCACGCUUUGAAAAGGGGGUAUUCACCCUAUUCACUUUGCUACUGGGUAUCCAAGAUUGGUGGAGGACUCUCUUCUUCAGAAGAACUGCAAUGUUCACAACAAAGAAGUAGGAAAUUAGCCAAAGGUCAUGGAAAUAGAGUAAAGAGUGAAACAAACAUCAGACCCUUCUGUCUUGGGUGGCAAACAUCAUAAUGGGGCCCUGUUAUGGAGCCCCCUUUCUUUUGUGUACUUCACUGGGCUUGAUCUCAUAUAUCUUGUGAUGAAAUGUAUACAUCUUCCAAUUUUGAGGACAAUUCUGGUAUAACCUGCACAAUUGGUUGUCUCCAUGUCUCAUCUCCUGUUUCAUUCCAUUCCACAUGACUACCCUUCAGUAUAAUACAUUGUGACCAAAGUAGAUUUAUAUAUUUAGCUUCUGUAGCUUGAAAUAAGAAAAUUGUGCUAAAUAAAUACCCUUAAAGAAGUUGUCCAGAAUUUUAAAAGUAAUGGCCUAUCCUCAUGACAGGCCAUCAAUAUGUCCGACACCUGGCACCCCUUCUGAUCAGUAGUUCUGCAGUAGCUUCAGCACUGAAUCUACACCGCUCCAUCAACUGUGUAGUGGACAGAACUGGUAACUGCAGCACUGCUCCCAUUGAUGUACAACGCACAGAGCUGUGUAGUUGUUGCACCGACUUUCAGUGCUGAAGUUACUCUGAAACAGCUGACCGGGGGACAGGGGAUGGUUAGUGGACCAUCGUUGAUGACUUUUAAAAUCAUGGACAACCCCUCUAAGAGAUACCUAUGAUUACAAAAAAAUUUCACUUCCCUCUUAGAUAGCUGUAGAUGUAUAAAGCUGGCCACACACUUAAGCUGUCCCUUACGACGUCCGGAACAUGCUGCCACCUAUUUCGCGGUGGCUUAAUUCUUGUAGAAAUAACGGAUGGGGUAUUUUGAAAUCUAACAUGCCUGGUCCAUUUUUUCUGCAACAUCUGCCAUCUGGGAAGAGUUAGGAGGCUCUCACACACAUUAGAUAGUUGACUGAUCCUUCCAAAAUCAAGGGAUUUGGACAAUCUUUGUCUAAUAUGUACGGCCAGUUUUUUCCGUAGUGUACCCUCUUUUUCCUCUCCAAACUUUGAGUGGGCAGCCUCUUCCCGUUGUAAGUUUUCUGAGCCAGACAGAGCUCUCUCCCCAGCUGCUGCUCCUCUCCUUCAUCCCGUUUUUUUGAAAAGCCGAGAAACGGAAACUGCAUCUCCCUCCUCUCCCUCCUUCCUGUGUACAGGAUACCAAAUAUUUCCAAGAGUCAUGAAAAGUGGAAUCACAGCAUGCUGGAAGGUGAGAAAUAAACCACUUUGCCAUAAUAAAAUAAAUUCACAUUGGCUUGUGCAAGGAACAAUGGGUAUUUUUCACCAUUCACGGCACAUUGUGUCUGGUGACAAUACAUUCAUUCGAACUAAGGAGCACAAGGAACAGUGACUGUAAUCACAGACCAUGUGCACAGCACUUAGAAACAAGCCUCUUGCACUUUUUCUUACAGGCAGCCAUUUGUUAAAUACCUGUUAUUUCAGUCACUAUGUGUAUUUUUUAUUAAAAACCAUGGAAAUUA